UUUCUGAUCAACUGAAAGCAGUAGGAGUCAAGGGAUAUUCCUGUGCGACACUUUACAACACUGAACAAUGACAGCCCAGUCGGUAGAUUGUAAAACUUUCAGCUAUAUGCAAACCAGUUUGAGCUCAACGCACCCCCUGAACAGUCGCAAGCAAUGUACGAGGACGAGGAAACGGGUAACCAGGGCAACGAGGACGACAAAGACACCAACAAAGUGUCGCCCAAGCAAAAACAAAAGAAAAGCAAACGUCCAACAAAUGCCCAAACGCCAAAUGAAUUGGGUGCCAAAUCGACAGCCAGCUUUUUCACUUUGUUCAUAACGGGCCAGAUAGUGUCGGCGACAUUUCCGCUGGGUCCCGACAAGGAUUACAUAUUCUGUCGCUAUGAGCUAGUCGCUGGGCCGGACUGGCAGUUGGUGUCGGGUCCGCAGUAUGGAAUCACGCAGAUGUCGACUAAUAAAACUGGGCACUUUAAUGACAAAAUUGUCUUCAAUAUGCCUAUCGAAGUCACCUACAAGAGCACCAGUCCGUUCGGCUGGCCACAGAUCCUGGUCAGCGUCUUCGGACAGAAUCAAACUGGAAACGAGAGUUUGGUGGGCUAUGCCCACGUCUAUAUGCCCAUCUUCGGAGGCCAUCAGCAGGUCGACGAGCACAUCUCAAGUCUAAAUCAAGCGCCAAUCCUAAGGCCCAAGUGUCCCAAUAUGCUGGGCGAUAUAACCAGUUGGCUGUUGCGACGCCAGCCGGAGCUAAAGAAUCCCAAGAUACUGCUAGACAGUGCGCAGUCCAAGGGACUUUCAAUGGAGUCGUAUGGCACUCUGGAGUUUCAGCUGCAUGCGGUAAUGAGAGGAGCUCGCAAGCUGGGCUAUAAUUGGCACGCUUAAAGCCAGAUAAUGAAAUA